UUGUCGCGGCGGGAAAGCUCACCGAGGAGGUAAACAAACUAAUACAUUAACUACAUGGUACGUUUUAAGUUCUAUGUCUACUGUGAGACAUUUUGACCAUGGCGUCCAAACAGCAGGAUGUGGCCAAAUCUAACAUCUCCCCAGUUCUGUUCUUGACUGUGGACGGUGAACCCAUGUCUUUCUUCUUGCGACCGGGUCCUGUUAAACUCAAGCUCCAGCCGCUCAUCACAGCUGGAGGGGGGUUGUUGUGCAAUGUGCAGCAGCCAGGGGCAAUCCUGCUGAUUGACCCAGAGGAAAGAUGCUCUAUUCCUGAAACUACUGCUCACUGGUACGUGUCCACGCAGUACAUUCACGACUGUAUCGAGAAGGAUGAACAGCUGAAUUUAGAGGACUACAGGUUAAAUCCGGAAGUGGUCCCGAGACUGUCUUCUAGACUUAACAAAAACAAAGAGACCUCUCCUGGACUCGUAAGAGGCAGGCUUGCUUACACCGCUGAAGAUGACGCUGCUAUUUUGAGUUAUGUCAGCAAGCACAAGACAGAGAUUGGAGGGAACCGGCUUUGGCAAGAGAUGGAGAAGAAGCAGGUGACCGGUCACAGCUGGCAGUCAAUGAAAACUCACUAUAAAGUGCUACUGGCAAAAAAACAGUCAGAGGUUGUGGAGGUGGCAACAACAGAGGAAGACACCAAGACAGUAGAGGGAGAGACUAAGGUAGAAGAAAAUCAAGAGACAGAUGUUCAAAAACCGCCCAGUGCAGAAGAUGCUGCUUCUCCUCAGACACAUUCAGCAGCAACAGACCUAACACAGAUAGAUGACCUGCCGAUACCAUCUGAAAGCACACAACCAAAAAUUGGAGACGCUCAAACACCCAUCUCUCCCCAAGAAAAAGUGCAACAUGUGAACCCACAGACAGAUGAACAACCAGCUGAAAGCACUCAAGUAGAGACUGUAGAAGCUGAAACAUCUAACUCCCCCCAACCUGAGGGACCUUGUUUGGACCCACAGACAGACGCUCACCCCAUUCCAGCUGAGAGCACAGAACCAGAAACGGAUGAACUCAUCUCUCCACAAAAAGAAAGUGUGCCAGAGGACUCUCCUCCAGCUCAGCCCGAGUCCCUGCCCGAGACCUCUUCCCAGAAAAAGCCUAAAGCCCGGCAAAAGGCCUCCCCCAAGCCGGAACAACCGCAGCGUCGAUUAACACGCAGGCAACUUGUGCUCGAGGAGCUGUCAUCCCCUGAACCUUAUGGCAAAAAACUCAGGUCGUCAACAACUUCUCCAGGGCAACCGUCAUCAUCCCCCCAGCCCUCAAAGAAAACUAAAUCAGCCAUUAAGUCCGCUCUUCAAAAUGAUACAACCGUAGAGCAGCCGCCUUCUAAGAGAGCCAGAGGAAAGAGCGUGACAGCAGUGGCAGAGAGUCAAGAGGAGCAGAGCGGACAAGCUGCUGUCUCUGAAACGGCACAAGCAGAUACAGAGUCUAAUUCAGUGCCACAGAAAGGAGAGAAGAAAAAAGAAAAGAGAAAGUUGGGGAUUCUAGAGUUGGCUUCAAAGGAGUUUGAAGAUGAAAGUGAGUCUGGUGAGGACGAAACUCCAGAUCUCCAAAACCCAACUGAAACAGCGACAAAACAACUCACAUCGACAGAACCGCCACUCCCCACUUCAGACACAGCUGCAGACGCUGCUUCCACACAGUCCAACCCUGAACACGGACUCCGCCUCCAAGAGAACACGCAAGAGACCCAGGCCUCCAGUGGCAACUGCCUACCAAAGACAGGCGGCCCUGAACCUGCAGCCACCGAGGCUGUCAAUGCAACCUCCAAGGCCCACCUGUUCAUAUUCGACAGUGAAUCUCAGGAGGACGACUCUCAGUCCAUUGUUGGUGAUAAUCCGGUAGCUCCAUCCAAACCACAGCCAACAGUGAACAGAGACGCUGCACUUUCACUGACACAGGUCCACUUGGAAGAAGACAAGCAGCGAAUCAAAGAGCUGAUGAACCAGACAAACCAGGACUUGAUUAGUGUGACCAAAGCCCUGUUGAAGACCAGCGGAGACUUCUCUGCUGCUCUGGAUCAGCUUUUGAAUCGCUGUUCCAUUUCACGGCCACUUUGGAAUCGCUGUGACGAUAGUCUUUUGCUCUCAGCUGAUCCCGUGGUCCGACAGCAGCUGCAGGAGAAAUACAGCGAGGAGGAUGUGGCCAAAAGAAUCGUGUUCCUCGAGGUAGAGGGAUGAAAAUAAAAGACACGUCAGUACAGAUAGAAAGGAGGAAAAUAGCAGAUCUGGACAUACGCAGUACACUCAUCUAUUGUACUGCCUAACUAGAGCUAGUUAGCUGGUAUUCGAUUAUUUCAACAUGAAAACCAAACAUUUUGUGUCUCCUUCAUUGCUGCUCAUCCUGACUAACUGAAGAAUUAAAUUCAGAAACAUUAAACUAGCCAGGUUAACUAUUAAAUGUUUUUAGGUAUAUUAUGUAGAGCCUAUUAUUUGUGCCAUGCUCUAUAUCUUUGUACAGGGACAGAAUCUUUUAAUGUCUUUUAGCAUGAAAACACUAUUUUAUGUUUUUUAAUUUUUGUUUUCAUUAAAUUGCAUAACGUUUUAUACCAUUUAAAAACACCUGUUUUUACAUUACGAAAUAAACCUCCUGUUUUAUAUGCA